AUGCCUAAGCACAAUUUUGCAACGUUGACCUGUGUUGGUAAAACUCUGCCUAUCAUCACAACGUCUUCGCACAUCCGGGCGGAUUAUACCGCGUUGAUUUCAGGACAAAUUGGGCUUUCAUUUGGUGGUGAAUGGUCAUGGAUAUCUCCUGAUUUUUUUUUUAUUAAUGUGCGGUGCACUCCCACAGAAAAAAGCCCAGUUUUGUGAGGCCGCAUGUUUAUGUGAUGUCGGCGUCAAAGGGGUUAA